CAUGUCGGCAAGGAGCAGGAACGGAGCGGCGAACUGAUUGGAGGUCAGCGGGAGACGGAGCGCGGAGCCGCGCCGGCUGACGCGCUACUGUAACAUUUCACAUUAAUGUCGAAGAACGGCAUCAAGACAUUAUCGUCCGUGAAUGCCGGUGUGACGACCAUGCAGACGGAACCCAGCAGAGCCUAAAAUGACCCGCGGGCUGAGACCUGCCGCGUAAAUGGCGUCCGCCGUGAGAGAUGCAGUCGUCUGGUACCAGAAGAAGAUCGGAGCCUAUGAUCAACAGAUAUGGGAGAAGUCAGUGGAGCAAAGAGAGAUUAAGUUUAUUAGACUGGGGCUGAGGAACAAACCGAAGAAGACUGGUCAUGUGAAGCCGGACCUCAUUGACGUGGACCUGGUUAGGGGUUCUGCUUUUGCCAAGGCCAAACCUGAGAGCCCAUGGACCUCGUUGACCCGGAAGGGCAUCGUCAGGGUGGUGUUCUUUCCCUUCUUCUUCAGGUGGUGGAUCCAGGUCACCUCCAGGGCCAUCUUUUUGCUGUUGCUGCUGCUGUACCUCCUCCAAGUGGCGGCGGCAGCGCUCUUCCUCAGCCUCCCCCCGACGCACGGUGUUCCUGCCACCGAGGUCUUUGGUGCCGUCUGGCUUAUGCUGCUUCUGGGGACAGUUCACUGCCAGAUCGUUUCUACCCGUACCCACAAGUCCCCACCCAGCGCGGGGGCCAAAAGGAGAAGGAAGUUAAGGAAAGCCGCGCAGUUGGAGGUGAAUAGGGAAGGAGACGGCUCUAGCACUACCGAUAACAGUCAGGAGGGGGCGCCACACUGCACUGAGCCUGUGUCCACUCAAUACAUCGGCACAUUCUUCAGAGAGUUCUGGCAUGAUAUCUUUAAAACAGGAUUAAAGAAACCUAAGACAUCCAUCAACAAGUCAACAGAGACGGACAACGGCUACGUGUCUCUGGAUGGCCGCGUGACCAGCAAGAGCAGCGAGGAGGGCCUGCAGCUCCGUGAAGGACCCGGUGACCUUCUGCCCCCCAGCGAGCCCCACUGGACUGCCCCCCUGCCCUGCAGCGGCCUGCUGCCCCCAAGCAUGCCCAAGGAAGCCCCAAGCCCCCACCGAGUGGAAAAUUUAACUGACGAGGCGUCCACAGAAGAGGACCCCGAAGCCCCCUACAGCACCGUCAGGAGGGGCGGAGAGCGCACACAGAGUGACUGCGGCCUGCGCAACAGGAAGUCUCAUCACUACAAGAAAAGCUACAGUGCAGAGGAGCCGAGCCGCUCUGCCUCAGGUGGCAGCCUGCGCUCCAGCCUGCGCCGCGACUGCGAAAAUGUGCGUCCCGAGUCGGAGACGGAGGACGUGCUCUGGGAGGACUUCCUGCACUGUGCCGAGUGCCACUCCUCCUACAGCAGCGAGACGGAGACCGAGGGCACGCCCACCUGUCCCAAGAAGGAGUACAGGGACGACCCCUUCCUGCAGGGCCACGCUCCAUGGCUACACAGCUCCAACCCGGGCCUGGAGCGCGUGAGCGCCAUCGUGUGGGAGGGCAAUGAAUGCAAGAAGGCUGACAUGUCCGUGCUGGAGAUAAGCGGAAUCAUCAUGAACAGGGUAAACCUGUACACACCUGGAAUUGGAUACCAGGUUUUUGGGAACCUGGUGUCAGCCGUAUUGGCGCUGACACCCCUGGUUUACAGACUGUCCCAGCACAAGGAACUGGAGCACCUGACCACUCUCUCUGCCACUCAGCUCCUUUGUAUCACAAUGGGCUCUGAUGUCAUGGUCAUCGCCAUGGUGACCGUGAGCUUGGUGGUGCGGGCCUUCCUCAUAUGGCUCUUCUUCUUUCUACUGAGCGUAGCAGAGAGGACCUACAAGCAGAGGCUGCUCUUCGCGAAGCUCUUCGGACACCUGACGUCCGCUAGGAGGGCCAGAAAGUCGGAGGUCCCUCACUUCCGACUGAAGAAAGUGCAGAACAUCAAGAUGUGGCUCUCUCUGCGCUCCUACCUGAAGAGAAGAGGUCCCCAGCGUUCAGUUGAUGUCAUUGUCUCCUCUGCCUUCCUCCUCACCCUGUCCGUGGUCUUCAUCUGCUGUGCACAGCUGCUCCACGUUCACGAGACCUUCCUAGACUGUCACUACAACUGGGAGCUGGUCAUCUGGUGCACCUCUCUGUCCCUCUUCCUGCUGCGCUUCGUCACACUGGGGUCUGAGACCAGCAAGAAGUACAGCAACACUGCCAUUCUGCUGACCGAGCAGAUUAACCUGUACCUGAAAAUGGAGAAGAAACCAAAUAAGAAGGAGGAGCUGACCCUGGUGAACAAUGUGCUGAAGCUUGCUACUAAGCUGCUGAAGGAACUGGACGCCCCCUUCAGGCUGUACGGCCUAACCAUGAACCCCCUCCUCUACAACAUCACUCAGGUGGUCAUCCUGUCUGCUGUGUCCGGGGUCAUCAGCGACCUGCUCGGCUUCAAUCUCAAGCUUUGGAAGAUCAAAUCAUGACAAGACAUGCGAACACAGCACAGACGUCCGUAAUGGGAUUCCAUUUGCUGUGACUAGGAGGCGCUCUUGAGACCGACUAGGGGGAAUGGAACCCCGACAGUGAACUACGACUCCGACAUAUCAAAGACAUCAUGGUUAUGUUUUACUCAUACAUAAAUCGUGCAAUUCUAAUAUCUAUUCUACCUUUUCAGUGUUUUUGGCAUCUGUCGUAAUGACACAUCUUAGUGGUAGCAGAGAGAGGUGGUUUUAUAAACAAACGGAUUUCAGCAGCUAUUUUGCCGAGAGGGCAGACGGGUGCAAGAUGUGGUCAGAUAGGUCUGAAGCCCAAGGGGCUGGUGCUGCCCUGUCCCCCGACCACAUGGGGGCGCUCUUCCCCUCAAUUCCAAUCAUCCACUGCCACCGUGGCAUGGACACGCACACAGAGUGACCCGUCCUGUCACCAUAACAUCUGUUACAUGCACUCAAGGUCUUUUAAGCCCUGACAUUGACUCUGAGGAAAAGUACUUUGGAUGGAUAACCUUGUACUUCAAGCAAUAACUAUUAAUUCCACCAAGACUGAUGGUAGCUGGCUGGACCUUAUGAAUUUGUGUGUAUUUAUUAAGAACACGUGGCGGCCAAUCCGGAUGCCUAAUAAUGUGCACUUUAAGACAUAAAUGUUACUUCAACGUUAUUCCAGUGUCAGAAGCGUAAUGUUACUCUCAAAUAAAAGCCAUUUUAUAUAUUUGCGUGCAACAGCCUGCGUUCAGACAGACCAAAGUGCCGUAAAGUGGUGGAAGUUGCUUUCACACGGCCUGGUUUGUCCUGGAGACACUGAAAGGAUGUUGCCUGUUACUUUUUAUUUGUAUGGAUACUCUUUCUUUGUAGAUGCAAGCGACGUUUUGCAGCACUAAAUAAAUGGUGUUUGAGAUGGUAAUAUAGAUAUUAUGCUAUGCAUAGUACAUUUUUAAAGAGAGUUGCAUAUUUAAGUUAUGAUGUUUUGUGAGCAGGUGUAUUUAUAUCAGUUGCAGAUUUUUAUAUGAAAUAUGGACACUCAUAUCAGUCGGCCCAGCUAAUGCACCGUGACUGUACUGCAGGCUCUACUAUGUGAAUCUGAACUGCUUUAGUUCCCAUGAAUUUGUGCACCAUAUGACACUGUAAUUAACCACAGCCUUCAUUAAAAACUCACUGUGGAUAA